CAAGCAAUUGGUAGGGAAGAUUAAUUGACAGGAUGCAUGAAGGAGAAGAAGAAGAAGAAUGCCUCUCUCUCUCGGGUUCUCUCACGCACGGCACAAAGGAGGAGGAGAGAAUUACCAAUAUAUAAAUUAGUCCAAUGACCACUUAAGGUAAGUCACAAUAUGGUAAGUAGGCUCGACUAGGGUUAAGUCCCAAUAGCACACCAACAAGCCACAAAGAUUAUUAGCCAUCCAAUAGGUAAAGCAACGCUAGGUCGGUUCAUCCAUUAUUCGGUGUUAAUUUAUCGUUCAGUCAUUCAUGUCGACUGAUAAAAUUGAUUUUCAUCAUCGUCCGAGAGGUCGUUUGACAUCUAACAGUCAACCUAGUUUGUAUAUAUAUAUUUUUAAACGUUUGUAACCGAAAUACCGAAAGCUCUUUGCCCAUUUAGUGUGUAGAUGACUCGCACCCCGAAAUCAAUUAAAAUAAUCUAUCUACUCUUUUAACUUUUCAGUUACCAAACAGCUUAUUCUUCACUCGCCUGCCAAUUCCCGGGCCCCUCUAUUAUAACCAAAUUCCUUCUUCCGUUGGAAUUCAAUUGAAGUUUGUAAUAAUUUUCUUAUCCAAUUGAUUCAAAGUUUUAUGCAUCGACCAAUCCUCAAUUUAUUCAAUUUUCUGCUGUAAAUUUUCUCCUAUGUGUAGAUCGAAAAAGGCGAUUAAAGCCUCAGAACCAGUUGCAAAUCCUAAUCCAACAACCACAAGAUCAUCUAUUUCAUCUUCAAGACUUCAAAGAAAAUCAUCAAAAUCGGGAGAGGAAAAAACCUCAUCAAAUUCCCCACCAAAUCCGGUUCCAAAAUCCCCAAAUUUGCUUUUUGAUCCUUCAACCAGCGGCUCCGCCUCUGGUUCUCGUUCCAGUUACCGCCUUGAUACCUCCGUCGCCACCACCUCUGCCUCCAGCAGCACCUCCUUGUCCGGCAUCCGCGAAACGCUGCCAGAAAAAACACAGAUUUACGACUUCUCUGAAAUCCGCGCCGCCACUAACAAUUUCCUCGCCAAACGCUACUCUUCCACCACCUCCUCCUCCCAAUCGUGGCGGUCGGUUCUCAAUGGCAAGGACGUCAUCAUUUUCCAACGUAAACUCCGGAAAUCCAUUGAUUUUUCCGAAGUUAGACAGAAGCUGUGGGUGCUUAGCAAGAGCCACUACAUGAGCAUAGCCAAACUCCUCGGUGUUUCAAUUUCUGGAGAGCAUAUUUACCUAGUCUAUGAUUUUGUAUCGGGAUCUGAUUUGAGCCUGUGCUUGAGGAACCCUAGAAACCCUGAUUUUACCGUGCUUUCGACGUGGAUGUCGCGUAUGCAAAUUGCCACAGAUGUUGCCCAUGGGCUCGAUUAUAUACACAAUACAGCUGGAUUAAGCAUCAAUAUGGUGCACAAGCAUGUGAAAAGCAGCGGUAUAAUUGUGACGGAGCCGUCUUAUAAUGCGAAGAUUUGCCAUUUUGGUGCGGCUGAACUUUGCGGCGACACGAGGGAGGAGGACCGGCCGAGACCUCCGGGGUUGAUAUCGGAGAGGCAGUUUGUGGGUGUAAGAGGGUACAUGUCGCCGGAGUUUAAAGCUAACGGGGUCGCUACCCAGAAAUCUGAUGUUUAUGCAUUUGGGGUUGUGAUUCUUGAAUUGCUGACAGGGCAGGAGCCGGAGACGUACAAGUUCGACAAGGACAGUAAGAUUUAUAAGCGACACUCAGUAAUUGAGACGGCGAGGGAGGCGGUGGAGGGCAGUGGGGGCGGAGAAGAAGGGUUGGAGAUGAGGUUGAGGAAGUGGGUGGAUAAGAGGUUAAAGGACUCAUUUCCGGUUGACGUGGCAGAGAAAGUGACACGUGUUGCAUUGGAAUGCGUCCAAGUGGAUCCCAGCAAUCGGCCCGACAUGAAAUGGGUGGCGGGAAAAAUAUCAAAGCUUUAUUUGGCGUCUAGGAAGUGGUCGGAGAAAUUUAAGGUUCCGACGGAAAUUUCAGUCUCUUUGGGACCUCGGUAGAGUAGCUCAUUGGUCACUGUUACACCUUUUUAAUUUUGCACAGUUGUUUAUGGAAAUGAUCCGCCCUAAGAUAUCGUGUUUGGAUUUCCAAUUUAGUUAUGAAAUUUAGCCGAAGACAAAGAAUAUGACCCUCGUUUGAGUCACAUUAUUUUGAAAAAAAUGUAUUUUUGAGUA